AUGACGAUGGGUACAGACAAGGCGGCAGAGCGAGCUUUCUACCGUCGCAUCCUUUUUCAAGACCUGCCGCCAACCACACAGGCACCUUCUAUCACACACGAUGCCGACCUGGACCACGAGAUCUACCUGUUGCUCGCCUACCUCCUGCGCGAAACGGUUCUUCCGUGGUACAGCAAGCUGACGCCCGACCGCGAGUUCCUCAACCAAAUCACUACCAACAUCACCUCCAUCAUCCAUACCGUUGUAGAGCGUCAGACUGCUCAUGAUGCUGCCGAGUCCGUUUCUGCGACUGCGCUGGAAGGAGAUAUCCACGCCUCGAGGUCGGCUGCCGAUGCCAACCUGUCAAGAAUCCAAGAUCUGCUCUCUCGCGACGUUCCGCUGAUUCUACAGCAACACUGCUCCGACUUUAGAAAUGCGAAAAGCAAGGCGGAUAGCGUCUGGGCACCCUUGGGCCCACAGCCAUCCCUCUCGACAGCGCCGACGAUUGUCUCGCAAUCCGAACAAGAUGAAACACGUCGUCAACGGGUUUACGAGCAACUACCACGGCAAUACCAACAAAUAUUUGACAGCCUUUCGAGCGUCAGUGCAUCCAUCUCGCCGCUGCAACUGGCUCAGCAGUUUUAUGCCGCGUCCCCGCAUCCGGGUCUCGAUUCGACCACAGGCUCGCUGGACGGCAAGAUCGACCUUGCCUACCUUCGAAUUGCAGUGCUCAACCUCCUCUCGUCGCUGAUGCCCGCGGACGAGUAUGCUCCGGAUACGGAAAAGUUCAUCGUGCGCGACGUGCUUGUGGCAGUGCUCAGAGGAGCUCUGGCUCGUACGUUCCGGCCUUGCUUCUUUGUGCAGAGCCUGCACAAAGUGCUAGACGCGGCUGGAUGGGCGAGCGAUCCCGUUCUUGCUCCCGUUUCAGACAACGACGAAAGCGAUCAGGCGGUUGUCACGACCAGUAUCAGUCUGUCGGCAGAUGCAGCUCUGUCUUCUGUCCUCAAAGCGGUUGCCCGACUACCGGCGAUUCUUCUGCAAGCAUGGUCCUUCCUCGUCUUGACAGCGUUGCCCUUUUUGGUCCGGGCUUACCUCGACCUUUUCAACGUGCAGCGAGCGCGCAAGAGGCGCUUGCAGCAACCCCAGAAAGUUGCAUCCAAGCCAGAUGGUGUGGCCAGUCACAAGCGCUCGUCCAGUCUCAAGGGCGCGUUUCCCUCUUCCCUGUCCACCGGAAGUCUGUUUGAACGCAAGAUGCACGGCCGAUACCCUUCUCGCAAGUUCCACCACGGCACCGAAGACGUGAUCGCAGCGCAAGCUCGCUCGUCGGCCGUUGGAUCCAACUUGGCGGCGAUGGAGGAGGACGAUGAGAGAGAAGGCCAAGACCGGGAAGUGGACGAGGCAGACCUGCCCCCUGACUACAUCGGCAACUGGCUCAAUGCAGCCGAGGAAGUGCUGCAAACGAGCUCACAGGCAGUAUUGCGUGCGCUGUUUGGUCUGGCAAGGACGACAUUGGUCACGACAGGAUUGGGUGAAUCGGUCAAUCGCAUGGCCAUGCGUAGAGUCAACGCCGAGCUGCGAGACACGCAGAAGCUCACACGCGCAGUGCGUGAGCUUCGCAAGAUCUUGGUGCCCAACGGACACUUGCCGCCAUCCGUCCCCGAUCCCGACGUCGAGACGCAAGAGUCGGAAUGGAUACGCCUUCGACUGCGGCUUGUCAGUGGCACGAAGCGAUCGAGCGAGACGAGCCAAGAAGCAUUACUGCCGUGGAUUAUAAAGAGGCUGCUGCUAGGAAGCACGGUUGGAGGAAUGCGUCGAGGCGAUGCAGCAGCACGCAGUCAAGAUACCCAGAUCCAACUGCAACGACUGACGACGUGGCUCGAGCCCUUUUGCUCGGCUCAAGCGGCAGGGCCCAACACGCUGUUGGCCAUCUUGCUGUUGGAGCGAGUGAUUGUGGUCCUGUGUCCUGACCUGACGUUGGCCUAG